AUGCGAGUCUCAGUUCCCACCAUCCCACUCUCCGUCCUCUCCUCCUCCCCACCGCCGCGCCUCCCACCAGCGGAGGCCAUCGGUCGCAUCGCAGACUUCCUUGGACGCGGGAACGUCGCUGUUCUGACCGGGGCAGGUGUGAGCGUGGAUUCUGGCGUCAAGGCUUAUAGGGGGAAGGAUGGACGGUACAUGAACCCAAAUUACAAGUGCGUGAUCUAUCACCAACUUGUAGAAGAUGGCCCCAAAGGCCAUGCUUUCCGCCAGCGCUACUGGCUUCGGUCAUACAUCGGCUAUCCAGCCGUCCGCACCACGCUCCCCAACCCGACCCAUUUCGCGCUCGCAGCGCUCCAGCAUACUUCUGUCGUCACGAACCUCAUCACGCAGAACGUCGACGGGCUGCACCACAAGGCGAUUCGACAUCUAUGGGACGACGCUCAAUUGAAGGCGGGGAUUUUGGAGCUUCAUGGGACAUUGCACAAGGUUCAUUGUAACCACGGGCACGGAAUGGACCGCGACGCGUUCCAAGAUUUGCUUUCUGCUGCUAAUCCCCAGUGGGCAGAGUACAUGGACGAUCUGGAGAAGAAAGGGCAGAAGCCAACGACGAACCCCGACGGAGACGUGGCGCUGGAAGGCGUGGCCUACGACGAAUACGUCGUUCCAGACUGCCCAAGCUGUCUGGACGAGGGACGAUUGAACGACACUUUGAAGCCCGACGUGAUAUUCUUCGGGGAGUCUAUUAGUAAAGAAGUUAAGGAUCGCAGCUAUAACAUUAUAGAAGAAUGUGACCGCGUCUUCAUCAUGGGCACCACCCUCGCCACCUAUUCCGCGUUCAGGCUCCUCAAGCACGCCCUCGAACUGCAAAAACCCGUCCUCUUCGUGAACGUCGGCCCCACUCGCGCCGACGGCCUCCCGGGCGUCGAGAAGCUGGACGUACCGAGCGGACUCGUCAUGCGCGAUGUCGUCAAGGCCGUUGUGUGA